AUGUCAUCACUGACAAAUGGUCAUAGUCAGAGUAAUUUUGCAAAAUUUGCAUUUAAUAUUUAUGGUACAUUAAGUACUACUAGUAGUAGUACUCCACAAUCACAUGAAAUUUCCCCUUCCCCAUCAUCAUCAUUAAGUUCGUCCCGAUCACGAAGAAAUAAACAAAGUUUCCGAGCCGCAACAGGUCAUAGAUUAACUUAUCAAUGUGAUAAAGAAACAAUUUCUUUAUCUCAAUUGAAUUAUCCAUUACAAGUUGGUGGAUAUGGAACUGAAUUGCAUAGCAUUGUUAUUGGUGGGAAAAAUUAUCUUCGACUUUUAUGUAUUUCUGAAAGUCAACAACGAAUAAUUGAUGAUAUUAAUCUAUUGGAAAGUAAAUCAAUUUAUAAUUCACGAGUAGGAAGUAAACUAAUUAAUAUCAAUACAAUCAAGACAUAUGAAAGUACAAUAGCAACGGGAUUAUCUAAUGGGGUAGUAUCGGUAUAUAAAAUAUCACCAAAUGGACAAGGGAAACAGACAGGUAGGUUUUCUGAUCAUAAACGUACCAUCAAUUCAUUGGAUUUUAUUGAAUCUGAGAACCAAUUACUUUCAGGAUCUCAAGAUGGAACAAUCAAAUUAUGGGACUUGAGAAGCUCAUCAUCCAAACCUAGCAUUACCAUUCAAGCCAGUAUGCGUUCUGAUCCAAUUAGAGCUUGUCAAUAUUCACCCCAUUCUUCAGUGAAGAAUAAGAUGUGUGUAUUAUCUGUACAUGAUUCAGGAGCUUUGUGCAAGUUUGAUUUAAGAAGUACUGGGGGAAAUGGUAACAUAUAUAGUCCCGAAAAGAAAUGGAAUCUACAUACGGGACCAGCCUUGUCUUUACAUAUUCACCCGGAAAAGGAAUACGUCAUUACAGGUGGAAGGGAUCAAAGGAUCUCGGUAUUUAAUUAUGGGGAAGGUCAAUCCAAUAGUUCUACUCCGGAAAAUACUAUAAUCACUUAUGGACCGGUUCUUAAAGUGAGAUGGAGUUCAUAUUCAAAUAUCAGUCAAUCAGGAGAUGAAUUUGAAGAAGCCCAAUCAUCAUUAUCACCAUCGAAAAUUAAUCCAUUGUAUAAUUAUGAUAUUGCAUGUCUGUACCUUAAUGAUGAUCCUACCGUGGCUAUUUAUAAUUUGAGUAGAAAAUAUGUUCCAAAACAAAUCAUUCAUUCAAAGAAACCAAUUCAAAACUUCAUAUGGGCAAGAAAUGGACAUAGAGAUAGAAAUAUUUGGACUUUGACCAAAUCAAACACGUUCAAUUCAUACAACUUAGAUCAAAUUGAUGAGUAUGAUGUUAGUAGACCACUUGAUGAUUUGAAUAAUGUAGCGGUGGCUUGGGACAACAAUGGUAAUUUUUCUAUGGCAAAUCAGGAUAAAUAUGACUUUGAAUUAGAUGACAAUGAUAUAUAUGAUAGACCAGAAGGAAGUUCUGAAGCAGAAGUAGCAAGCCAUGGGAUGGAUCCAGAGGAAAGUGGUAAUGCUAUUCAUUUCCACAAUUCAGCAACGACAUCGCCUGUGGAAAAGGCAGCAUUAGCAAGAUCUUAUACACAUAACCCAAUGCUGGCAAUUCAACUACCAACAAAAUCUCCUUUACCAAUAGGUAGAAAUGGUACUGGAUUUUUAGGUCAUGAUAUGCUGUUACCUAAUAUAUCUACUCGACCAAAACUAACUCGAAAUACUUCCCAAACUACUCAAGAUUCAUCAGUAUCAUAUGGCUCUGCUUAUCCUAUUCCUCAGUCAGCCAAUUCUAAUACUACCCUACAUAUGAAACGCAAUAUUAUUAGCAAUAGUACAAAGUCAUCAAACACCUCUGCUUAUGUGAUACCAGUUGUGUUACCAAUAGUUUCAAAUGACGAAUUUGUAUUUAAAAAGUUAUCAAGCGAGUAUUUAGUUAAACUUCCCGAUGGAUUUACAAUGAUUGAUGUGUGUUUAUUGAAUGCAAGUACUGCCGCUAGCGUUAAUAGCAAUAGAACAUGCCAAGUUUGGAGAUUGUUGGCUGUCAGUUUACAAGAACAUUUCGAUUCACAAAAGGCGCCAAUGACCAUUGAAGAAUUGGAAAAACAACAAAUGGAACAAAAUGAAAAUGAAGAAGGAGUACCGAAUGCAACAGUUGAAAGUGCCACUGAUAGUAUGCCAGCAAAAUCUGUACUGUCUGUUUUGGGUAAUUUUGUUGAGUCAUAUAAAACUAAUUCAAGUUUCGGUACCGGUUCUCAAAUAAACAAGCCAGGGAAACUGGUCAAACUGAGAACUAGUUCUGGUGUAAACCUUAUGGAUAAGAUCAACUUAGCUAGUAGAACAAGCAGUUUUUCUAAAACUAGUUUUAAAUUCAAGGAGAAAGAAGGAGUUGAUGAGGACGGUGUACCAGAGGAUAAGGAAAAACAAGAAAGGGGCAAAGCUGAAGACCAAGAAACUGAAAAUGACAAAAAAAGUAUUCAUUCAAACCAAGAACCAAUUGUGAUAAGAACCACCAGACAUUCGAAGGUGGAAGAUUUGGAUGAUGAGAAUUUAAAUAUUGCUAAUUCAAUGGCAAUGAAGUCGAGUCCAACUUCUGUAGGGAUUUCCUUACCCUCGAGUCAUACAUUUUCAAGUUCUAUCGCGUCUUCCCCUCAACCAAUAAGAGGACAAAUUCCACCUAAACAACAACUUGCCACCACUCGUGAAUCGCCUGUUCACAAUUGGUUAGAUCAAAAGAAAAAUGAGUUAUUUCGUGGAAGGAACGUAGUCCCAGCAAUUUCAGGUUUAUCAUUGGCAUUGAAAAGUAGUAAUAACGGAGAUGAAAAGUUACUCACUCGAGCUUGGAAGUUUAAAAACUUGUUAAGAAAAUCAUUGGAUUAUGCCAUGCUUCAAGGUGAUGUCAUUUUCUGUUCAACAGCAGCAAUUUUGUUUUAUGAAUUUGCUGAGGAUACCAUUAGUGAAUAUGAAUAUCUAGAAUGGGUUAGUUUAUAUAUUGAUAUUUUGCAGAAGAAGAAAUUGUUUGUUACAGCAAUCAAUAUUCUUAAUUCAACUGCUGGUAGUAUCAAAUCCAAACUACAAAAGAUAUACUCUGUUGAUUUGGAUCUUAGAUUCUAUUGUUCCAAUUGUGAAACAUUAUUAGUUAAUGAAAAGUCCCAAAUGUCACAGAAGGGUGAGUUUGGGUAUUGGUAUUGUGAUGAAUGUAACAAAUUACAACUGAAAUGUGUUUAUUGUAAUGAACCAUGUAAAGGAUUAGCUGUGGUUGUUGGGUUGAAAUGUGGACACCAAGGACAUUUUGGUUGCUUAAAAGAAUGGUUUAUUCAAGACGAAAAUAUGGAAUGUCCUGGUGGAUGUGAUUAUCAAAUAUUGUAA